GGGGGCGGGGCUACACGGGACCAGGCUGGCUGCUACCACAGGCCACAAGAGAAUGCUCUGACUGCAACAGUUCCUGUGAUAGAUAACAUAUCAUUCAAGCAGUAGAGAAACAGUUGUCAAGUUAACAACAACAGCAAAUGAAGCUAUGGUGAAGAGUCUCACUCCUGGGGAAGACUACAUAUUUGACGUUAGAACAAUUAAAGGCCAGCAUUUUAGUGUCCCCAUGAAGACAACAGCUACUACAAGACCUCCUGGAAUUUGUGGGCUUUUUGUCAAACAUAAAAACACCACUUCUGCCACCCUGGAUUGGGACCCAAUCACAAACCGUUUCACUCACCACAGAAUUCUACUUACUAAUCAGACAUAUGCAAAAGAGAUCAAUGUAUCCGAAGCACAGACACAGUUUACAGUAACACCCCUAACUCCUGGUGGAAUCUAUAAUUUUACAAUCCAGAGGAUGAAAGGAAGUGUUGUGAGCAGCAUUAAAUCUAUACAGGUGGUAGCAGAACCUGAAAGACCUAUAGGUCUUACUGCCUUCAAUAUUUCAACACACUCCUUUUCAGUAUACUGGAGGCAGCCGCACGGACAGGUGGAAAGAUAUCAUGUGGAUCUCUUUCCUCGGCAUGGCUUUGUUGCUGUCAGAGACAUCGGGAGUGGGGAGUAUCAGGCAGAUGUAUCAAACUUGGCUCCUGGUACCACAUAUAGCAUAACUGUUUCUUCAGUGUCAUCUUCAGCCUUCAGCUCCCCUGACAGCAAGUUGGUGAUGACUAAUGAAACCAUUCCUGGACCUCCUGACCACUUAGCUGGAGAAAGAGUUGGCUCUGCAGGAAUCUUGCUCUCUUGGUACAUACCUCGGAAUACAAAUGGGAAGAUUGUAGCGUACUAUGUUAUUUAUAGAGAAGUUUGCCCAUGGAUGCAGUCAUCUUAUACCCAAGUAGCAACAACACCUGACAGCCUAGAAGUUCUGUUGACAAGUCUGACCCCUGGAACAACGUAUGAAAUAAAGGUGGCUGCAGAAAACAGCGCUGGCAUUGGAUCAUACAGUGACUCUUUUCUAUUCAACACUGCAGAAAGCGCUCCAGGUAAAGUUGUGAAUCUGACUGUUGAAGCACUAAAUGCAUCUGCAGUAAAUCUUACCUGGUUUUUACCUCGACAACCACAUGGAAAGAUUACCAGCUUCAAGAUAAGUGUCAAGCAUGCAAGAACUGGAGCCAUCAUUAAGGACACUACCGUGAGGGUGGAAGAAAUUCUGAAUGGAGAAUUACCUGAAUGUACUGAUAAAAGUGAGUCAUUUUUAUGGCGCACAACAAGCCCUACAGCAACGCGUGGUCUGUCUACAACUACAGCUUCACUUGUGUCACAGAGAUUAACCUCUAGGAACUUUAACACCAUCUGGAAUGAACCAAUCACUUAUAUUGUGGGUCAGCUAAGACCAUACACCACCUACUUAUUUGAAGUUUCUGCUGUUACCAAUGAACCAGGCUACAUUGACAGUACCAUUGUCAGGACACCAGAAUCAGAGCCUGAAGACCCGCCUCAGAAUCUUGUUAAGGGCAAUAUUACAGCAAGAUCGUUUUCAGUCACUUGGGAUGCUCCAACAAUUGUGACAGGAAAAUUUAGUUACAAAGUUGAAUUGUACGGUCCAGUUGGUCGGGUUUUGGAUAACAGCACAAAAGAUCUCAAGUUUACUUUUAUGAACCUCACUCCUUUCACAAGCUAUGAUGCGUACAUCAGCGGAGAAACAAGUGCAGGUGUUGGGCCCAGAGCCAAUGUAUCUGUUUUCACUCCAGCUGAAGUUCCUAGCGCUGUAUCUGAUCUUAAUGCGAAAGAAGUGGAAGCCAAUUUUAUUACCGUUAGCUGGCGACGGCCUCUGCAGGCAAAUGGCAUAAUUACGCAAUACAGGGUUAGGGCACUUGUUAAAGAAACAAGAAUGACCAUCGAGAAUACAAUUCUCACAGGAAAACAAACGUACAACACAAAUGUGGAUUAUCGGAAUUCAGCUAUUGUUAAUGAUAAUACCAAAUCACUAUUUUUCGGACCACUCAAAGAAGCGAUGACUGGAGUGUAUGAGGGAUCUGCUGAUAUUUUCUCCACAGUUCAAACUUCACCAUCUGUGGCAUUCUACAAUAAUCCAAAUAGUGACCCAGCUGCUGAGAAUGUGCAGUAUGGAAUCGACAUUGAGGCUGAACAGCUGUCUUACACUGUUGAGAAGCUUGCACCUUUUACUAACUAUACAAUCAGUGUGUCUGCUUUUACUACGGUUGGGGAAGGACCACCAACAGAUAUUGUCAUAAGGACUAAUGAGCAAGUUCCCAGCUCAGUGAAUAACAUAAGUUAUGAGAACAUCAGUUCGACAUCUGUCUUGGUCUUUUGGGACCCACCUCUAGAGCCCAAUGGGAUGAUAACUCACUAUACAGUCUAUGCAAUGGAUUUCUACACAAGAGAAGCUUUUCAGAGGAUAACAAGCAACACAAGUGUCCUUAUAACAGGCUUAAAAAAGUAUGCGGUUUACAAGAUGCGUGUUGCAGCAACAAACACAGCAGGCGAGAGCUCUCUGUCUGAGGAAAAUGACAUUUUUGUACGAACACUUGAAGAUGUACCAGGAACGCCGCCUCAGAAUCUGUUUUCAACUGAUGUUAACGCAACUGCUAUUAAUUUGGAGUGGUCAUCGCCUGCAGAACCCAAUGGGAUUAUUACACACUAUGAAAUAUUUUACACCAACUCGGCCAUAGUGCUUGCUCAAAACAUAUCUUCAACAAGCAUCACAUUGACUGAUUUAAACCCAUUCACCCUUUAUAGAAUUUCUGUUUGUGCUUACACCCGUUUUGGGCAUGGAAACCAAUCAACACCUGUACUCUCAGUGAAAACAUCAGAAACUGCUCCAAGUAGCCCUCCAUACGAUUUGCUCUACAGAAAUAUAUCAUCCACUAGAGUGUUGGUCACCUGGCAGCCACCGGUUCAUGCGAACGGAAUUAUAUUGUUCUAUAAAAUAAGAUUUUGGAAUUCCUCCCAUUCCCUGACAGAAAACAGUAGUGAGGCAUUAAUUGUUUUGUCUGAUCUAAAGAAAUAUUCCCAGUAUCAAGUGGUUGUAUCUGGUCAUACAGUAAGUGGAGAUGGAAAUCAGACAAGUGACAUCCUAUAUAUCAGCACUAUGGAAGAUGUUCCUGACGAUCCACCUCAUAACCUAUCCUACAGAUCUCUAAACUCUACUUCAAUACAGCUGUUUUACUCUCCACCUUCUUCUUCCAAUGGCAUUAUUAGGAGUUACUACAUUGCAUGUAUUGGUGCUGCAGGCAGAUUUCAGUAUUUCACUAGCAGUGACCUUUCUGCCAUCCUUGGUGGCCUCAAAAAGUAUAGUGAAUAUGCUAUCACCGUUAGUGCAAGUACUUCUGUGGGACUUGGACCGAGAAAAAGUAGUUCCCUCUUUGUAAGAACUGAUGAAGAUGUACCGGAUAGUGCCCCUGAAAACAUAACGUACAGAAAUGUAUCGUCAACAGAAAUAAAUGUGUCUUAUUCCCCACCAACUAUACCCAAUGGCAGAAUAGUAUUCUAUACAGUAUACAUAAUAUGGCUGAAUGGAACAGUAGAGACAGCCACAGAUACGCCGCAUCUGUCCCUCAGCAUUGCUGGUUUACGAAAAUAUACCAGUUACAUCCUCAAAGUGUCUGCUAGUACUGUAAAAGGGGAAGGUGUUCACAGUGACGCUCACAACAUUUCUACAGACGAAGAUGCGCCUUCAACGCCUCCACGCUUCCUUUCUGUAAAACAGUUGUCCAAUGUGAUUGUGAUGUUGUCAUGGCAACCACCUCUUGAACCAAAUGGAAUUAUCCUCUUCUACACCCUUUAUAUCUGGGAUGAAAUGUCAUCCAAAACUCUCAAUAUUGAAGAAACCUCUGUGGAAUUUGAAGAUUUGGAAAGCAACCAUGAAUACAGUGCAUAUGUCACAUCUAGUACUAGAUUUGGGGACGGAAACGCCAGAAGCGAUGUUUUAACAUUUAAAACUUUAGAAGGAGUUCCAAGUGAUCCACCAAGGAAUAUGUCUUACAAAAAUAUUACCUCUUCUUCAGUAACGAUUUUCUGGAGUCCACCCAAGAAGCCAAAUGGAUUUAUACAUUAUUAUACUUUAUAUUACCAGAAUUCUUCUGGCACCUAUAUUAGGAACCUCACUUCAGUUGACAUUAGCAGUUCAUUUGAUGGUAAUGGUUUGUCAGCAAUAAUUGAUGGUCUGGCAAAAUUCAGCCAUUACCAGUUUUGGAUGACUGCAAGCACUAUAUUUGGAGAUGGAAACCAAUCUUCUGACGUGAUUGAUGUUAACACUGAUCAGGAUGUCCCGGAAUCUUCACCUAUGAUCAGAGACUGCAAGAAUCUAACAUCUACCACAGUGCUGUUAUCAUGGGAUCCUCCUGAGCGUUCAAAUGGUAUUAUAACUGGUUACUACUUACAGAUUUAUGGACCACAGGGAAACUAUUCUUUGUCUACCACUCAAGUCUCCAUUAUUUUGGAGGAUCUUGUACCAUUCACACCGUUUUUUAUAUUUGUUGCGGCGAGAACAAUUAAAGGAACGGGUCCUUCUAGCCAGCUUGCCUUUCACACAGAUGAAGCAGAGCCCUCAGCACCUCCUCAGAACUUAACUUUUAUCAAUGCAAGCGAUAACUCUGCCUGGUUACAGUGGAGGCCUAGUCCAAGGCCUAAUGGGAUAGUGUAUGUGUACAGCUUUAGAAUUGUGGAAAACAGCACUCAGUCCAUUCAUUUUCAGAAUAUAUCGGGUGGUCAGACUGAAGGGAAGCUCUCACCAUUGGAACCUUUUAAAACCUACUUAGCCAGCGUAUCUGCAUAUACAAAAGUAGGGAACGGUAACCAGUUCAGCAACACUGUUCAAUUUACAACAAAAGAAUCUCGUCCAGACUCUGUCCAGAAUAUUCAAUGCAUGGCAACGAGUUGGCAGUCCAUACUAGUCCUGUGGGAUCCACCAUCUCGGCCAAAUGGAAUAACAACUCAUUACUUAGUAACACUUCAAAGUAUUUCUACCUUGGUCUCCUCUGCUGAUUAUGCCUACACCUUCAGAGAUCUGCUCUCUAAUACCACUUACUACUUCUCAGUCAGAGCUGUAAAUGGUGCUGGCGAAGGAAAAGAGCGAGUAUGUAAUGCUACUACCAAGUCUGAAGAAGUUCCCAGUGUUCCAUGUCAUGUUACUUUUUUAAAUGUUGCCUCGAUGAGUGUCACAUUGCAGUGGAAUAGACCAGACCAUACAAAUGGCUAUCUAAAGAACUACAAAAUCACUGUUCAGCUUCUUUCUGAUGAGUGUAAUGACCGCAACCAUGGUGAAUGUGCUGAGACCAGCCAGGAUUUCUACUCUUAUGGCGAGAACACUAUUGAGAAGACAAUAUAUGGCUUGAAAAAAUUCAGAUGGUAUAGAUUUAAAGUUAGUGCAAGUACAAGCGCUGGAUAUGGUGCUCCUUCACCAUGGAUUACUGUGCAGACGUUAUCUGGUCCUGCUGAUGGACCUCCUCAAAAUGUGACUGUUAUUGCCACAUCCCCUCACAGUAUUAAUAUCAGCUGGAAUCCACCUUUUACCAUAACUGGACCAACUUCAUAUCUAAUAAACAUCUCCUCGGUCAAAGGUGAAGACUUUAAUAAGCAGUUUGUGAGGUGGACUAAUGAAAGUAAAAACUUUGAGGUCACAGGCCUGAAGCCAUUCACCAACUACUCCAUAAUAGUCUCAGCAUUCACUGGAGAUUCAGUCACAGAGGGAAAGUCAAGCAAUGUUGUGAUCACUGCUACUCUAGAGGCAGUGCCAAAUGAGCCACCUAAAAACAUAACGAUUCAGAAGAUUCCAAAUGAGGUGACCAAAGUGCAGAUGACCUUCAUCCCUCCAGCUGAGCCCAAUGGAAAUAUCCAAGUGUUCCAAGCGCUCGUUUACAAAGAAGAUGAUCCCACAAAGUCUCAAAUCCGCAAUCUAAGUAUUAUUAGAAAAAACAAUGAAUCUAUAACAGCAAUUAUAGAAGGACUUAAAGGUGGAUAUACAUAUAACGUCAGCAUAUAUGCAGUAAAUGGUGCUGGAGCUGGACCAAAAAUUCUGAUGAGAAUUACCACUGAUGUGAAAGAACCACCACGUCCUAUAUUGAAACCUGAGCCCAUUUACGACUCUACCGGUAGUGUCAUGGCUACCUCAACCACUAUUACCAUUAAAAUGCCGAUAUGCUACUUCAGUGACGUCAACGGACCAAUUAAAAAAGUUCAGAUUCUUGUUUCAGAAAUGGGAGCUCAGCACGAUGGGAAUAUCACCAAGUGGCACGAAGCCUUUUUCCAAAAACCAAGACCAUAUUUUACAAAUGAAGGCUUUCCAAAUCCAUCAUGUCCAGAUGGAACAAACCGCUUCUUCAGCAAGCAGGAGGUGUAUGUCAUUGGCGCUGACAAUACCUGUAUUCUACAGGACAAUAAAGACAAAUUCUGUAAUGGACCUCUGAAGCCAAGAAAACAGUACUUAUUUAAAUUUCGAGCCACAAAUAUUAAAGGACAAUUUACUGAUUCAGAAUAUUCAGAGGUUGUAAAAACAUUAGCUGAUGGACUAUCGGAAAGGGCUGUAGAAAUCAUCCUGUCUGUUACCUUGUGUGUGCUCUCUGUUAUACUUCUUGUGGCAGCAAUCUAUGCUUUUGCAAGGAUUAGGCAGAAACAGAAAGAAGGCGGAACAUAUUCUCCACGAGAUGCAGAAAUUAUUGACACCAAAUUCAAGCUAGACCAAUUGAUCACAGUGGCAGACUUGGAACUGAAGGAUGAGAGAUUAACACGGUUACUUAGUUAUAGGAAAUCACUCAAGCCUGUGAGCAAGAAAGCCUUCCUGCAGCAUGUCGAGGAGCUGUGCGCCAAUAACAACGUAAAGUUUCAAGAAGAAUUUUCGGAGCUACCAAAAUUUCUUGAAGAACUUGCAAUCUCUGAUGCUGAUCUGCCAUGGAACAGGUCAAAGAAUCGCUUUACAAACAUAAAGCCAUAUAACAAUAACCGUGUAAAGCUUAUAGCGGAUGCUGGUGUGCCCGGCUCAGAUUACAUCAAUGCAAGCUAUGUGUCUGGUUACAUUUGUCCUAAUGAAUUUAUUGCUACACAAGGACCGUUAGCUGGAACUGUAGGGGACUUCUGGCGAAUGGUUUGGGAAACAAGAGCAAAGACCAUAGUAAUGCUCACUCAAUGUUUUGAGAAAGGCAGGAUAAGAUGUCACCAAUACUGGCCAGAGGACAACAAGCCAGUGACUGUUUUUGGAGAUAUUGUGAUUACCAAAGUAGUAGAAGAUGUUCAAAUUGAUUGGACUAUUCGAGACUUAAAAGUCGAAAGGCAUGGAGACUUCAUGAUGGUACGGCAGUGUAAUUUUACUUCUUGGCCAGAACACGGAGUCCCAGAAAACACUACUGCUUUAAUUCAUUUUGUAAAAAUGGUUCGGGCCAGCAGACCACAUGAAAAUACACCAACAAUUGUACACUGCAGUGCGGGAGUUGGAAGAGCGGGAGUUUUAGUUGCGCUGGAUCAUUUAAUUCAACACAUCAACCACCAUGAUUUUGUGGACAUUUAUGGUCUUGUAGCAGAACUGAGAAGUGAGAGAAUGUGUAUGGUGCAAAACUUGGCACAAUAUAUAUUAUUACAUCAGUGUGUUGUGGACUUAUUAGCAAGCAAAGGCAGCAACCAGGCCAUUUGUUUUGUAAAUUAUUCUGCCCUUCAGAAAAUGGACUCAUUGGAUGCCAUGGAAGGUGAUGUUGAACUUGAAUGGGAAGAAACAACAAUGUAACAUCCCAUGUCAGAUGUAACCUCAUCAUGUUACUUGUGGCAGAAGCCAAAAGAGCUCACUCCUAUGGACAAGAGCAGAGAAGAACUCAAACAAGCUUAAUUAUUGCUGUGCCUUAAACUAUUGUGGGUAGUCAUGUUAUAUGUAGGGGUGGGCUGGCAACUUUUGGCCUAGGGGGGCAAAAACAGAUAAAGAGACCAGCCCUUUGGAGACCACACCACAACAGAAGACUGGACAGGGACAAACCAUGUGUGUGGUCUAUCUAAUGUGAGCAUAGUGUUAUACAGUCAUAUGGAAAAUUGUAAUUUCAAAGAGCUACAGUAUAAUGGAAUACACAGGCCCAUCUGAACCAUAUUCAGUGCAAAGUCUAUAUACUAAAGCUAUGAAGAAGAAAAAAUAUUCUGGUUAACUCUAUCCAAUUAGGUUAUUCUAGUGACUAAUAUACUGUACAACAAAGAGCCUAUUCUAGUGAUCAGUGUACAAUGUAGAGGACAUCCUAGUAACUAUUACAUAAUGCAGAAAGCAGCUUACAGUAGUUACAGAUACAAUACAGAGAGCAUCCUAGUGAUCACUCUGCAAUGCAGAAAGCAUGUUAGAGACAGAUAUUAUACCGAGAGCGUCCUAGACACCAUAUACCAAUGGUACUAAACCUCAACCAUCUGGUUUUCCCAACAUGUCAUGUUUUGAGGAUAUCAGUAUGUGGAAGCAGAUGGGAUACUGGACCACCAAAAUGGAUUAACUCACCUGUGCAUGAUUAAAGAAAUUCACAAAACACGAUCUGUUGGUGAUACUUGAUGACUGAAGUUACAGAUCCCUGUCAUAUACUCAAUAAAGAGCAUUCAACAAUACUAAGACCACCCAAUAUAUUAUACAGAGAGCAUUCUAGUGACCACUACUGUACUGACUCCUAAAAUCAUUAUUUGCAUUACUGUGCAGACCACAGUCCCCUAGAAAACAAUGUAGGCUUCCCUAUCCCUGGUGGUUUUACAAUGCACAUCCCCACUACUAACUACUUGCAACACAAUGUAGACAAAGAAUGUAAAACAAGAGGCAAAACAACGAGACCCAUAGGUAUUAUUUACUAUUUCUGCUAUCCAACACUACCUUUAUCAUGCUGGAGAUAACUUUCAGUUGUAUUAGGAUAUAACCAUACAUAGUACAUGGCACCAAUGGGUACCACUGACCCUUCAGCAAUCAACACGACAGGAACUGAUGACACCACCCAGUUGGUGAAUGACCUUUCAACAAUCUCACUCAUACAAUGAAUAUUUCUUGGCACAGCCAAGUUGCAUUUUCAGAUAAAGCAGCAAUAGCCAGUAAAUGGACUCCCAGAGCUUUGGUUGGUGAGAGGAUUGUCCUAUUCACUAAGCAGUGUGCCAGGGCCACCUGACACCCUUGUUUGUGGAUUGCCAGCAGUAUUUAGCAAUCAGAGUACCAGGAGCUAUAAACAACUGUAACAUUUUUCUGAACUGGCUGGCCCUAAAAGCCAAGGCGAAAGAAGACCAGCGGAAUAUGCCCCCCUGCCACCGUUGCCACCCCACCACUGGUUACAGUAUAUGCACAGAAACACAGAAGAUUCAAAUAUUUUUGCACUGCUGUGGUCUAUGAGUAAUGUAAUGAAAUAUUUUUUUAUGUUGAUAAAUAGAGCCAAAUUUAAAUAUUUCUGUCCUCUGUGUGGAUAUUUUAGUGUGGAUUUUUCAUUGGUUUCACAUUAUAUAUAUGUGUUGUACAUUGUGUCUGUCUUGGGAUACCAUGCUCUGAUCCUGAACAGCUGAGAAGUCACCCUGUGACACUGGUGAGAUAUUUUGGCUUUUGCAGAGCAUACAGUAGCUCUGCAGGGAUAUUUCGGACUAUUUAAGCAGACUUGUGACAGCCAAUCGCAUAUACUGCAUAUACUUGGUGAUUAAGUACCUCAUGCAUUUCUUUUUUUAUUACAUUGUAGAAUAAACGUUUGAUUUAUGAUA